GUCUCAUCUGCCCACCGCCGGAGUUUUGACAGCUUUUUGGAGUCCGGCUGAAGCUGCGCGUAAAAAGCGCGUCCUCGUUUAUCCGGUAACAUCCGCAUCAGUUCCUGCACAUCUCUCUCUGCGAGCAGAGUCUGUCUCCCGCGUCCGGACUGAAAGCACUGACCGGGAUACAAAGCUCACCCCUGUACGCGGAUAUAUCAGCUCUUCAUUCUUAGCAUCCACAUUGUUGUGAUCGACUCUUUAAGAAAACUUCAGUGUGGAUCUUUCCAACAUUAUCUACACACAUCCGAUCUGGAUCUGCGAGACUGUGUUUCCUCCUCUGUUCCUCCUUCCUGACGCACCGCUUUUUCAAAGCAUCCAGAGGGGUAUUUGUGCCUCGAUUUGUUGGACACCCAGUGUUGCAUCACCAGAUAGAGAAAUUCUGCAUAUUCGUGCAGUAAAAUAAACUUUUAAAGCUUUUGGCACGGAAUGACGCACUGAAGCAGCCGAAGUAAAGAUCUAUUCCCGAUCUCCCUCACGGUGCCAAGAUCACAUGGCGUCACCUUGACUGACAAUCAUCGGCCCCUCAGUCUCUCUUACUGGGGAAUCCUGUUUCUCAAUGGUCCACCAAAGAAACACCCCUUUGCUGUCACGCACUCCGUAAGAGUUCAAAAAGUUUUCCUCCUGUCACCACCAUGGCAGCUGCUCCUGAUGCACCUUGCCUGUCGGAGCUCGGCGGACUCCUCAACAGGAACAUUAGUCUCAUCUCUGGCACCCGACCCUGCAACCGGAGCACCGCCAGGACCUCACCUUACACCCCGCAAGCCACGGCAGCCUUCGCCAUCGCCAUCACCUUCAUGAUGAUCCUGACCAUCGUUGGGAACAUCCUGGUCAUCAUCGCCGUACUGACGUCCCGAUCCCUCAAGGGGGCUCAGAACCUCUUCCUGGUGUCAUUGGCUGCAGCAGAUAUUUUAGUGGCCACGCUUAUCAUUCCCUUCUCAUUGGCUAAUGAGCUGCAGGGCUACUGGGCGUUUAGCUCCAUUUGGUGUGAAAUCUACCUGGCGCUGGAUGUUCUCUUCUGUACCUCCUCCAUUGUGCAUCUGUGCGCAAUAGCACUGGACCGCUACCUGUCCAUCUCUCGGCCCGUGUCCUAUGGCGCCAAACGUACUCCCAUCCGCAUCAAGGCGGCCAUUAUCGUAGUCUGGCUGAUCUCUGCAGUCAUUUCUUUCCCUCCUCUUCUCACCCUGGAUAAGAGCGAAGGAGGUGAAGAGGUGUGUGAACUAAACAGCGAGCGCUGGUAUAUUCUCUACUCCACCAUUGGCUCAUUCUUCGCCCCCUGUGUGAUAAUGAUUCUGGUGUAUGUGAGGAUUUAUCAGAUUGCUAAGAAGCAUACACGCUGCCCGCCCGGACAGAAGCAUAAAGCAGAACAAGGAGGAAAUGCCAGCAUGGCGACCGGUGAGCCUCCGAGGAAAUUAUCUGAGCAGUUACAACAGAAUGGGGAUCAUGGAAGUACGACUGCCAGCCAAGGAGAAAAAGUCCCGACCAAAAUGUCUGGCACUGAUUCCACCUCGUCAUCACUUCGAAAACCACCUGAGAAUACCACCAGCCAGGACACUCAGCACUACCCUCCUAAUUCGAGUACCACUCCAGUCCAAAAAUCCACCUCCUCCCCCUCAAUCCCCCCAGAUGACAGCCAAAUCCUCUCAGCUGUUCCCCACAAAGAGUCCCAGGCAAAUCCUGACGAAGGGGGGGAAGCAUUUCCCGACAACACCUCCAGCUCAGGCUCUGACGCCGAGCUGGAAAUGGGCGAGGAAGAUGUUCUUGCAGAGGACGGCAAAGAAGAGACGAACAAGACUGAUGAGCAAACUUUGGGAUUGCCCCAGAGCAAAGGGUUCAGAGUUCAGGUUCUAAACUUGGCCUCCAGAUACAAAAACACUAUGGCCACAUCAUCUGGCACCCAACUGGUACCAGAGGAAACACAUAAGAAUCAGGGGACCCCCAUAUCCCGCCGCAAAGCCAUGGUGAACAGGGAGAAGAGGUUCACCUUCGUCUUGGCUGUGGUGAUGGGAGUGUUUGUGAUCUGCUGGUUUCCCUUCUUCUUGUCUUACUCUCUUAAGGCAGUGUGCCCUGAGACUUGUGCAAUCCCCAAACCUUUGUUUAAAUUCUUCUUUUGGAUUGGCUACUGCAAUUCUUGCCUCAACCCAGUCAUAUACACCAUCUUCAACAAUGAUUUCAGGAAGGCUUUCAAGAGGAUACUGUGCAGGGACACAAAGGGUACGUUCUUCUAGGAAUGAAAGUAUUAUUAUGUUUUGAACUGCGGGCGGACAGAAACAUAAUUUGAAGAUAAAAAAUGAUUUCUUUCUUGACCCUCUUCAGCACAGACAUAAACACAUGUACAUUAAGGAGGAAAUUGCAUCCAUUUUCUUUUCUCCUCAUUUGUCUGAAUGCUGUUAGCUGAGUCAGAGAAGCAGUGACAAAGUGGGAGAUUUCAGAAAGCCACAGUCAAGUGGCCAAAUCAAUUAUCUUUAAUGUUAUUUAAGAAUACACUGUAAUUGUAUAUUCAAUGACUGUGACGGAGAAUGAUCGGAUUAUAUUUUGAAACGGAAGUCAAGAGGAUACAGGGUCUGUGUUCACUAAUUUAAAGUACAAACAGAACUAUGAUGUUUGAUGGUGGAUGUGUUUUUGUGUGUGUGUGUAUGCAUGGGAGUGGAGGAGAGUUGCCUAAGGGUCUUACUGGAAGAGAACAAAUAUCACUAAGUGUCCUUUAUCUGAGAUAAAAUGGGCACUCAAAGAACACAAGAUCAGGAAAAAUGUGAGCAUCCUCCUCUCUGUGCCUCUUCCUCUCACUCUUUUCCUUCCUCAGUAUAGAGCUGUAACUUGGGAUGUGUAAAUUAUGACAGAUAGAGCUUUUAUACAUUUGUGUAUGCCUUAUUCUCUGUGAACUCAUUAAGGUUCUGAUAGCCAGAGGCUUAAACAGGAAAAACUAGAGUAAGAGAAGCGAAAAUCAGCAGAGGCUGUUUGAAAGAUGGGAACUACUUGGAGGCAGCACACGCUGAGCUGUUCACUUCCCCCCUUUAAUCUUUUCUCCUCUUUAAUGCUAUUCUUUUCCUCAGUUAAACUAAAAAUGACCCAGGUGGUCAAUGCAUGUGUUUCAGGAAAGCAGUUGCAGCUGAACGUGUAUUGUCAUUGCGAUUUUGAUUUAUUUGCAACAUUAAAUGAACACGAUGGACAGUAAGCUUCAUAUCCUAGUCAGCAUGCUCCCUGCCAAAGUAAUACAGACUGGAUCUGAACUCUGCGCUGACCCCAAAAGACGAGCAGAAUCCCUGAUGAAGACGCUCCUCCUCACUCUGGACUGAUCUGAUUUUGUGGGUGUGUGAAUACCGAGUGUGUGUGUGUGUGUGUGUGUGUGUGUGUGUGUGAGAGAGAGAGAGAGUGAGUUUGCAGCUGCAUGUUUUUCAAAAAUGCACUUCUUAUCUUUUCAAAGCCAAUAGAAAUUUGCUUGACCAUAGCAUCCAGUACUGUAUCCACUGGUGUUAGAAUCAGCUUUUGUACAGUGUAAGCUUAAACUUAAAACAGUAUUCUUGCAACUUGUUUUAAAGUCCAACUGAAAUUAAAUUGCAUGUUUUUUUCUGUAACAGCACACAUGUCUGCUCCGUUAAUUACACGUCUUGUGCUCAGUUUUACAGCCAUGCUAUCAGCUCUGCAAGGCUUGGAGCUGAUGCUAACAUUAGCAUGCUAACAUGCUACCGUGAUGAUGUUUUGCAGGAAUAAUGUUUCACUGUCAUAGUUUAGCGUUUUAGCGUGAUAAUAUUUGCCGAUCAGCACUAAACAUAAAGUGCAGCAGAGGCUAGUUUUCGGUAUUGGGUGAUAAAUUAUUUGACAAAUGAACAUUUUAACACCACUGCUUACAAAACAAUGUUUGUGGGCCACUGCUCUUGCUCAUUAUUGUCUCUUUCCCGCCACCCACCAGUAUGUCCCAUAUACUUUACGUCAAUAUGCUGCCAUGCAAAUAAAAAUAAUAAUAAAUAAAAAUUUCUAGUCUGUAGCAAAGUUACAAUUUGUAUAGCGCUUUUCACGAACUCAAAGUCGCUUUACAGAAUGAUAAAGAAACAUGACAAAAACAAACAAAAAAAACAAAACAGCUAUGGAUAGGCAGAGGAGAAGAGAUGGGUCUUAAUGCGAGACUGGAAAAUGGUAAGGGACUCAGAGUUGCGGAUCUCACGGGGGAGGGAGUUCCAGAGCCUGGGAGCUACCCUGGAAAAGGCUCUUUCCCCAAGACUGCUGAGCUUGGACUUGGGGACGUAGAGGAGACCAGCUGAAGUGGAUCUGAGGGACCGCGAAGGUUGGUAGGGGGAGAGGAGGACAGUGAGGUAUGAAGGGGCCAGGUGGUGAAUGGCUUUGUAGGUGAGGACCAGGAUUCUGUAUGUAAUCCGGUGAGAAAUGGGAAGCCAGUGUAGUUGUUUUAGGACUGGAGUGAUGUGGUCCCAGGAUUUGGAGCAGGUGAUGAGUCGUGCUGCUGAGUUCUGGACCAGUUGGAGUCUUUUUAUGUAGAUUGAGUUGAUACCAAGGAGUAGCGAGUUGCAGUAGUCCAGCCGUGAAGAGAUGAAGGCGUGAAUGAGUCUUUCAGCAGCAGAGGGUGUGAGUGAGGGUCUGAUUUUGGCAAUAUUUCGAAGGUGAAAGAAGGAGGUUUUAAUGACAUGACGGAUGUGGGGCUCAAGGGAGAGGGUUGAAUCAAAGAUCACACCGAGGUUAAAGGCCUGGGGAGAUGGGGAGACAAUGGUGCCAUCGAUGGUGAGAGUGGGGUUAUUGGCUUUGCUGAGAGUGGAUUUGGAGCCUAUGAGGAGGAAUUCUGUUUUAUUGCUGUUUAGUUUGAGGAAGUUGUGUUGCAUCCAGGUUUUAAUCGCUAACAGGAGUUGAUGUGGGAGAGGGGGGGGUUGUGGGGGGAUUUGGUGCCGAGGUAGAUCUGGGUGUCAUCAGUAUAACAGUGGAAGUUCAGGUUGAAGUGGCGGAGUAUCUGACCAAGGGGGAGGAUGUAGAUGAUGAAGAGAAGGGAGCCAAGUACGGAGCCUUGGGGAACGCCUUGGGUGAAGAGAGAUGAAGUGGGAUCUGUUGGAAAGGUAGGAACGGAGCCGGGUGAGUGCAGUACCUUCGAUACCAAGGUCUUGGAGUCUGGAGAGCAGGAUGUUAUGGCUCACAGUAUCGAAGGCUGCACUCAGGUCAAGAAGAAUAAGGAUGCUGAGGGAACCGGUGUCAGCAGAAGUGAGGAGGUCGUUGAAGACUUUGAGGAGAGCAGUUUCUGUGCUGUGGAGGGGGCGAAAACCAGAUUGGAAGGGUUCGGAUUGGUUAUUGGCAUGGAGAUGAGUUUGUAAUUGUGAGGCGACUAUACGUUCGAGGGUUUUAGACAGAAAGGGGAGGUUGGAUAUUGGGCGGUAGUUAUUAAGGGAAGCGGGGUCCAAACCAGGUUUUUUAAGGACUGGGGUGACAGCGGCAGUUUUGAAAGCAGAGGAGACAGUUCCAAGGGACAGUGAGGAGUUGAAGAGGUUAGUGAGGAAGGGGGAAAAGAAGGGGAGGCAUGACUUCAUGAGAGGAGUAGGGAGGGAGUCAAGUCAGCAGGUAGUGGGUUUGGAAGAGCUGAUGAGUUUAGAGAUUUCAGGGGUAGUGACCAGGUCAAACUGGGAGAAGAGGCAGUGUGGAGGAGGAGGUGGGAGGUCAGGCAUAGGGGGAAGAGGGUCCGUGGUUUGUUAUUAAUCAACGGCAUAAAUUUUCACAAAAAUGUGAACUAGGUGUAAAAGAUUCAUGCAGACCGCCUUGGUUAAUUCCACUUAUAUUUACUGAUUUCUCUGUAAAGUUUGGUCUUAACACACUCACCAUCUUUGCUGUUAAUCAAUCACGAACACAGAUCACUUUGACCAUUUUUUUUUACUGCAAAAACAAAAUGAAUUUUGUGAUUUCAGUUGGACUUUAAGUUUAAAAUAGUUAUCAAAGUACCAGUCAGUAUUGCCUUGUAUCUACUUGUAUCUUCUAUCUCUGCUCCUGUGUUGUUGUGUCCUAGUGCUAUGCUUUUAUUUUGAAAUCGCAUCAUAUUAAGGGUUGAAUAAAGGACAAAG